AUGAAUGGUCGUGGCAAGGCUAACGAAGAAACUUUUUCCAAGUUCAUUUUUAACAAGGAAAAAGGUACUUGCCUUGGACGUACAGCAAAAUCAUGGGUGCAAAUCUUGGGAUUUUAUGUUAUUUUUUAUUUCUGCCUUGCUGCCUUCUGGGUCGCUUGUCUUGCGAUGUUCCUCAGCACACUGGACGACAAAGUACCGCGUUAUUAUGGAAAACGAACGAUUAUGGGGGUUAAUCCAGGACUUGGUUACCAGCCCUGGAUGGACGACGACCCAGAUUCUACCCUCAUUACCUGGGAUCUAAAAAAUCCUUCUUCUUAUCAGAAGUAUGUUAAAAGGCUAGACGACUAUCUUUUGAAGUAUAGUAAUAUAACUUCGACUAGAAUUUGUAAUGGUUCUGAUAGCAAUGAGGACGCUUGUCGGUUUGAUUUAAGUAUCUUUGACGAAGCGGGCUGUGGAAAAGCAGAUGAUUAUGGGUUUAAACUGGGGAAGCCUUGCGUAAUCCUUUCGCUGAAUCGCAUGAUUGGUUGGAAACCUGCGCCCUAUCACAAUGACUCAAUCCCAGAGGUCAUUGCAGAACGUUAUAAGCCUGGGUUCGUGACCAUAUUAUGUGAAGGGACGAGUGAUAUGGACAAAGAGUUUAUUGGAAAAGUGGACUACAUUCCUGAAGCCGGUAUUGAUGGGAAGUACUACCCUUAUGCUGUAAUGGAUAACUAUCACCAGCCCAUUGCUAUGGUGAAAUUUGAAGACCUUCCACAUAACAAGCUGGUGUUGGUAGAAUGUCGCGCAUUUGCAAUGAAUAUAAAACAGGAUUUAGGUGCAAAACUUGGGCUUGUUAACUUUGAAUUAUUGGUUGAAGACCGCAAAGAAGGUCCCGAAAACAGUCGGUAA